AUCUAUCUAUCCCAUUUGAUGAGGGAGCCAAUUCCAAACCAUGGACCAGUCUCAUCCAUCUCAAAGCCUACAUAAAGGAACUGUCUCUCAAUGUUUCAGGCACACACCAAACACAUCAUCUCCUACUUCCACAUCAAAUCCUUCCUCUCCAAUGGAUGCAACUUUCUCCAUUGUUCAGCUAUCCCUUCCCUGCUCAACUAUUUGAUGAUGCUUAAGCUUUUCCUCAGUAGAAGAAAUUAAGAAAGUGAUUCCAGCAUCAGUCUUUGCUUUGGAUUCCUUUUCCUUGGUCUUCGCUCGAUCAUCUGUGUUGGUUCUGUAAAUGAACUUCUUGUAGUGCAUGCAAAUUCUUCGUCACUCUUAUAGUCCCCAUGGCCUCUGUCAAAGUAGCUCCAAAGGCUCCCCUUGCUUUCGAGAACAGGCCCAGUAAGCCCCGAGAUGAUUCCUUCUCGACGUAUCUUGCUCUUGUUAGAGAGAACUUCCCACCGGAGCUGGGAAACUCUGCUCCGGAACGCUUGUCAUGCCGAAUAAGCUUAGGGACGAGGAGAACUCUCGAUGGCGAGAUCGAAAUCUUUGAUGCAGAGAAGUACUUCAGCGGAGGAAUGGACGGCGAUGCGCCACCGCAAGCGCCUGAGAAUGGACCUGAGAAGCCAACUAAGAAGGAAGUGAGAGUGAGGGUGAGAUCCAGGUCGACGACCGGCAGCAUCAGUUCUGAGAUGACCUGCAACAGCCGGAACACGCUGCUCCGGGACCGCCGCAAGCACCCGGUUCCCGGCGGGCAGAGAAAAGUUAAAGGUAAGCGGUUUCUUGGUGUCUUCCCGUGCUCAUGCGCUAGGAAGGACGCCAUUGACAUCGACAAAGACGCCCUGUCUCAUGCUAGAUCGGACGGCCUCAGGAAGCAGCUCCCGCAAGCUGGGGAGAGACGCGACGAGCACUUGGUGAGUGACUCGAGACUGAAAAGUAUUAGUCCUGGUUUGAGACAGCAGGUGUUUGCUUCCAGAGAAGAGAGGAAAGGCGGAGGAGGUCCCAGGGUGGUGUUUGCUCCAGAUUUCUUCGACACCGCCUCGACCCAUAGGAGAAGUCUCAAGAUUGCCAGUGGCGGCGAGGGUGGACGAGACGACGAUGUCCAAAGCGAUGCGAGCUCGGACCUGUUCGAAAUCGAGAGCCUAUCGAUGACGAGUUCACAUCCCUUCAUCACCCACGAGGGAACCGAGUCGGUGACCACGGCGGCCUACGAGCCAAGCGAAGCCAGCGUCGAGUGGAGCGUGGUCACGGGCAGCGUAGCCAACUUCUCGAUCGCAUCGGAACGGGUCGCUCCGGCCGCGAGCCUCCGCAAGACGAGGAGAUCGUCGCGGUCGGGGCUUCUACUGGGGUGCGUCAGCGAGAAGGCGGUGGACGUGACGAGCGGCGCGAAGAAGCCGACAGGAAGUGCCAGUUUUGACCACUGGGAGCGCUCCGGCAUCGACGGGGCGGCGAGGUUCCGUGCGGAGAGCUGCGGCGUGGACGUCGGCUCGGGUAGCACCGGUCGCGUCUUUCCACCGAGUCCAUUCGGUUCCAGCCGCUCUUCCCAUGACCUGUAGGCAGCAGCGGUCGCUCGCUGCACAUUGUGGCAUGUUGUUUGUGCGUUCGAUCUUGUUGCCAUGGUGACGGAUCGCGUGUGUGUUCGAUCUUAUUAUUGUCUAUAUGUUCAUAAUGCAGCUGUUGAUUCC